AUGUGCAAAGCAAAGGGGCUGGUGUGUUUUCCCUGUGUGUGCUCGACUUGGACGGAUGUGCAGUGCUUGGUGAAGAUGGUGGUCGCGACCCACGAUUCUACUUGUACUGGUGUCAACGCUCCACUUGGACGGCUGCCAGCACCCUUGCAUAGUGGAGGUUGGGAAAGGAGGCAAACUCCUAAGCUGCGGCAUCGCAUGACUCGACGUUGUGUCAUUGAAUGGCCCAUGGUGGCGGUAGUGAAUGAUGUCGUGCCGUCGCGUAGGGCCAGCACCGAGGCUAGCACGCAGGGGGUCCUGCAUGCGGCGGCUCGUCGGACCUGGAUGGCAGUAAAGAGAACACGGCGGCGCUGCGAUGUGGACCUGAGUGCCCCCGAAGAGGGCCGGGGAUGCGGACGAGCUCAGCGGGGAUUCUCGGGGCGUCGAUUCAAUUAG